AUGAUUGGAAUUGCGGAGACAGGCUCAGGAAAGACUUUGGCUUUUUUGCUGCCGGGAAUUGUCCACAUUAAUGCGCAGCCCUACUUGAGAGCUGGGGACGGGCCAAUAGCUUUGAUUUUGGCUCCCACUCGAGAGCUGGUGGAGCAAAUAAGGGCCCAGUGCAGACUUUUUGCUUCUCCCUCGAAAAUCAACCACGCAGCGGCGUACGGCGGCGUGCCGAAGCGGCUGCAAGUGCAGGAGCUGCAGCGGGGCGCGGAGAUCUGCAUUGCCUGUCCGGGAAGACUUAUUGAUUUUUUGGAAAGUUCUGUCACGAACUUGAAAAGAGUUACUUAUCUCGUUUUAGACGAAGCUGAUAGAAUGCUCGAUAUGGGCUUCGAGCCGCAAAUCCGAAAGAUCGUUUCGCAGAUCCGCCCCGACCGCCAAACCCUCAUGUGGUCCGCGACUUGGCCCAAGGAGGUCCAAACCCUCGCCAGGGACCUCUGCAAGGAGGAGCCGGUGCACAUUAAUGUCGGCAGUUUGGACCUCAAGGCGUGUCAUAAUAUCAAGCAAGAAGUCUUUGUUCUUCAGGUUAGAUUUAAUUGA